AUGCCACUGGUUUAUAGUAUCAGAAAGUACUCCUUCUGCAAAAACAACGGUCAAUGGGAACACUUCCCCUCUAGAAAUGAUCUUGUCUUGAUGGUUAAUAAUAUUCAAAUCACUGAAUUAGAUGUUAAGAAAAUUCAUAAAUUUGAUGAAAAUUUAUCAAUAUAUUCUAAAAAUCCAUCAAUUGGUUUCAAAUAUCAAAUUAUAAAUGAAUUACAUCAAAUUAUAACCAAAAGAUUUCAAAUUAGUUUUAUUAAUCCAAUGGAAUAUCAAAAAUUUAUUUAUUUGUUACAACAAAAUAAAUUUAAUAUUAAAGAUGAUUCAACAACUUCAUCAUCAACUCAAUUUAUUCCAAUGUCACAAAUUAAUCAACCAAUAGAUUUUAUGAAUCAAUUCCAAUCUCAACCAACAACUCAACAUUUAAACACUUCAAUUUUAAGUCAACCAAUCUUACCAAUGAUUCAACAAACUCAACCUGAACAACAAGUUCAACAAACUCAAAAAAAUGAUAUAUCAUCAGAUUUUUUAUCAAAAAUUCUUAAACCUACAAAAGAAAAAACUGAAUUAAAUGACUCAGAAUUAAAAAAUUUAUUAAUUGAAAAAUUAAAUGAUUUAAAUUUUAUAAAAUUUGUGGAAAAAAUUGAAAAAAAUUUACAUUCUUUAAAUGAAAGUAAUGAAAGUAAAUAA